AUGCGACACCCAUGUCAGCGUUCCUCCUUCCUCUCCGCCACCCCCUUGCCUUCCCUCCAAAUGCUCCACCCUUCCAUCCCCUCCCACUGCUCCCCCCUUCCCUUCCCUCCCCCUGCUCUUGCCCUUAGUGAGCUGCUGGAGGCGUAUGCGGCGUGUGCGUAUGGGGCGGAGGUGAUAACGGCGCAGCACAGGUGGAUGAAGAGGGAGGCGGAGCUCGCACAGGCGAGACAUGCCAGCACAGAUGUGCCCUCCCUAGGUGAUGCGCAGAUGUGCCUUCCCGAGGUGAUGCACAGAUGUGCCCUCCCGAGGUGA